GACAGUAUCAGCCAUAUGAAAUCAGUUAGUAUGGACGAUCUACGCCUUGAUAGGAUGAAUGACUCUCGUUCGUCGAAUGGGUUUCUGCAUCGGCCUAGGAUACAUGCCGCCGAAAAUCAAUACGAGUCGGGAUUACCCGACACAAAAUAUGUACAGGGUCGAGAACACAAGGUUAUGAAAGGCAACAGAGGGGAAGAGACCUACUUAUACCAGCCUUCAAGUAAUUUACAUCUAGUAUCAAAAGCACGGGAUGGAUCAAUGUACAGCAAUCAUUCAGCGGGACCGUCUGUUUAUGACUACAUUGAUACGGACUCAACGUUCAAAAUUCAACGGCCAAACAUUCGUCUUGGACAUAUGAACAAAUAUUAACAGCGUACCUCCCCCGGCUCACCUGUCUCACCAUGAAGAUACUUUUACAAGCGUAAAACGCUACCAAGCAAAAUAAUAAUAGAUUACUAUAGGUAACUAUUAGGUAACUAAGUCUGUUGAUGAGAAGAUAUGUAAAAGGAAAAACUUCAUACGCCUAUAUAUAAACGGACCUCUGUUAUACAUUACUUUUGUGGAAAACGUUCGUCGAGAACAGAAAAGUACAAUUUCUUUAUAGUCUUCUUAUGACAUAUUCACGCUUGCCUUCUUGAAUACUAUAACAUGAAUGAAAAAAUAAUCCAAAAUUAACUAUAAGAAUUUAAUGUACUGCCUUGUGAAGGCUCUUGUAUUUGUAUUUGCUGUUCACUUUCUGCAGUUACUAAAAACAAUGUAACAAUUAUUGUGCUUCAGUUGUCUGAUAAUUUUCUUACCAUCAUACAAGUUUAGUGGCAUAAUGUCUACAUUGUUACAGCGAGAACGUUAUAGAAAUAUUAAACGGUGCAGCAAAGAAAUUGUUACGUCAACAAAUUUGUACAAAAUAUUUAUCUAUGUUUGAUAGAUUCAAACUUCUCUGACACUAUAUUUCAUUAUUAUUUACAUUUUUUUCUUAUGACAUCAUUGUUAUUUUUCUUGUCAUGAGUUGGUACAUUUAUAAUCAUUGCUGUUCUGUUUAUUCCAUGUUUUAAUGAAAAAUGUCUGAAUGUAUCAGCAGAAAUAACGUAAAGCUCAAAGCAUUGUAUUCUUUCAGAUAUUUGUAAAAUGUUUCAUCUCAUUUUUCCCUUCGUCUGUCCUGUCAUUUUAAAUGGAAUUUCCUUCAGCUUUAUACAUUAUACAUACACCAGAGACUUGUGAUGUAAACUACCUUUGAUUUAUGUGCUUUCUAGCUCUUUGUCUUGCAAGACGGUAAACAGGUAUGAUUAAUUUGAUAAAUACAACAUGUUACCCAUUUGUUAGUUUGAACUUAUCACAUGUACAUAGAAUGUUGAUGAAUAUUUUGCAAAUAAACAAUUAAC